AUGCUCGACUCGGCGAUUGCAGAAAACCUCCGAACGGAGAGGACGAUUCCCGUCAACACGCCCCCGGGGUUCAACCCACCGUUCCCAGCGUAUACGGCCCGAUUUCCGAAAAAUGCAAAAGAGCUCGUCAUGGCCGUCAUCGGCGCCCAGUAUAAGUCAAAGGAUCAAGAUGAUGGCCAGGCCAUAAAGAAGGUGUCAUCAUAUACCACGUCCGUCUCCGUCCCAGAGGACUGCCGGCCCGGUUUCCAAGAGCUGGCCGCCUCGACCGACCGCCGCGGCUUUCACAACGUUGCCGUGCUGUCGUACUGGUCAAGCAAGGCCGCAUACGACAAGUGGACUGAGGCGAGCGGAUUUGAAAAGUGGUGGCAAGGGCUGACGCCCGAAGGCCAGUCACACGGAUGGUUCCGCGAAGUCUUCUUCCCGACCAUGGACAGAUUCGAGACGGUCUUCUCCAACAACGAAGUACCAGAGGGAGCUGCUCACAUGCGGGAGGGCAUCAGCGGUGCCAUCCAGGAACACGUGUACUGGGGCAGCAUGCGUGACCGCAUGCCUCUCUCGCAGACGGACGCGCUGGUCGGCGACAAGUACGCCACCACGUCCCGAAGCGACGCCACCAAGAAGCGCGUGAGCGUGCGAGGCAAGAAGAACCUCGCCGUGAUUCGUUCCGGCCAGGACUGGUCGGGCACCGUGCCCGACGAGCGCAAGCUGUACCUCGAGACCAUGCACCCGACGCUGGAAAAGGGCAUGAACUUUCUCCGCGACAGCGGCGAUGAGGUGGGCUGCUACGACUGCCGGUUCAUGGGCAUUGUCGAUCCCGUCACGGGCGAGAUUGGCAAGGACCGCACCUUUGGCCUGGCGUACUUUGACGAUCUCAAGUCGCUGGAGCGCUGGAGCCGAGAGCACCCCACGCACAUGGCCAUCUUUGGUGGUUUCCUGAAAUACGCCAAGACCCUGGACAACAAUGUCACCUUGAGACUUUUCCACGAGGUGUUGGUGCUGACGCCAGAGCAGCAGCUCUUUGAAUACAUUGGCUGCCACGAGGCUUCCGGUAUGCUCUCGGCAGUGUAA